UUUUACGUGGACUAUUUUAGACAUUCCCAGUCCAGACUGUCUGAAUUCAGUCAACAUCUGUUCUUAACUUUAAUAUAGAUUCGUUUUUUUUUUUUUUCACAGUUUGGCGAGUUACUCUUACUGAUUUGCAUAAGUCACCAAACUUAAUGGGCUGAAGUGGUAAAUCCAGGGGGACAGAAAGUCCUGCCAUGUGUUUUUUCAACCCAUGAACUCAGCCAGCCGAUUUCACUAAUGAGUUUUACCGCCUGGCUGAAGAAUUGUGCUGAUUAGCAAAUCCAGGUGAUUGGAACAAAGUGCUGGGGAGGACUGAACGUUCUGAAUCUGGACUUUCCACCUCUGUUAAUGGGAAGAAUCAAAUGAAAGUUAAGGAUAAAUAGUGAUUCAAUGCUGGCCUGCACCCGGCACUCUGCACGUAUGCAUCCACGCGUUAAAUGUUAUAUAAUGUAAUACGUCUUUUGCGCUCCUCCGGGAACUGUUCACGUUCUCUGUCUGAAUGAGCGGACACGGCACGCGAAUGGAAAAUCACUCGGUUGUGAUUAUUUAGGUUUCAGAUCGUUUUCUUGUGUUGCCCGUAAUUGAAAGGCUUCUGAGGGAGUUCACUGAUGUUCCCGAACGCAGCACUUCUUUAAUCCCGCAGUUUGGACACCAAUUUGCCGUUAAUGCCCCAGUGCAAUGACGCGACCGAUAUGUGGUCUGUUGCUGCGCUCUGCGAGUUAAAAAGUUGAUCAGGUAAAUUGGCUGCGUUGGCUACGCGCUCAGUCAGUGCGUUGCCAACCCACAGAAGAUCGGAAGAUUACUUUCUCACACUUUCCGCGGUCGUCGUUUGUCAAGCCAUUGCUGACCGUCAGACGUGUCUGACAACUAGCCUAGCAGACGCUGGCUGAUUAUCUUCGAGGUUCGUGUACUUUUGUGUUGUGGUUGAGAUCCUGGAGAGCUUGAUAAUUAGAUACAGAGUGUGUAUAAGAAGCAAACUCGAGGCAAAAAAAACAAACCCCUCAUAUUUCGUGGAGGCUUGUUUUGAAUGAUGCUGGGGCGUUUUACUUGGUGCGCGAACGGACAGUCAGAACAGCGCGCGACUUGCUCCUGAUCCAGCCCGUGCGUUACCUGUUCGUUUCAGAACCAUUUUCCAAGGACAGCGCUUUCUCCCCCCUGUUUUUACACCCACUAACGUCAUCAAGGUAGCGUUUCCACUGAGGUUUUGAAGCUCGGUCGCUUUUGCUUACGGAAAAUCAGGUGCGUGUUUUGAAAAUAAGCGGACUUCGCCCUGCGCAGCUCCAAGAGUCCUGAGUCGUUUUACGGAAUUGGAGGAAAACCGGUUGAGCGGGACGGCGACGGGGAUGGAGUGCAGAGUUCUGAGCCGCGAGAGCGCCGGGUUCGCAAAACCGCCGAAACACUUGUGGCGCCAGCCCCGGACUCACAUCCGGAUCCAGCAACGGUACCACUCAGACAGCGACCAGUACCUGUACGGUAACGCGGUGAGAAACCGCCACCCGGGUCUCAAAAACCCUCGCAUGUCCUGGCCUGCCCCGCUUCAUAAAUGUUUUGAUGUUGAGAAUGGCUUGUCUUCGAGCCGCAGUCCUCUGGACCCCCAGGCCAGUCCGGGGUCCAGGCUGGUCCUCCAGGCCAACGCCCCCCACAGCCAGAGGCGGGAGUCCUUCCUGUACCGCUCCGACUCGGACUUCGACCUCUCCCCCAAGACCAUGUCCCGAAACUCCUCCGUCGCCAGCGACCUGGAAGAGAGCUUGAAGAACUGGGAGAUCACCUGGCUGUCCCGACACGGGGAAGACAUGAUUGUGACUCCGUUUGCGCAGGUCCUGGCCAGCCUGCGCACGGUGAGGACCAAUUUCGCCAUGCUGACGCACCUGCAGGAUCGCGUCGCCAACAGGAGGUCGUGUGGCAGCAGCGCCCCCUCCAUGUGCAAGCAGAGCCUGCAGGAGGAGCCGGGGCAGAAGCUGUCCAUGGAGACGCUGGAGGAGCUGGACUGGUGUCUGGAUCAGCUGGAGACCCUGCAGACCCGCCACUCAGUCGGCGAGAUGGCCUCCAAUAAGUUUAAAAGGAUGCUGAACCGCGAGCUAACGCAGCUGUCCGAGACAAGCCGCUCGGGGAACCAGGUGUCAGAGUUCAUCUCCAGCACCUUCUUAGAUAAGCAGCAUGACGUGGAGAUCCUGUCCCCGCCGCCCAAGGAGAAGACAAAAUGGCCGAUGUCCCAGAUCAGCGGCGUGCACAAAUCCAACCCCGUCCCCGCCCCCUCCAGCAUACCUCGAUUUGGGGUCACCACGGAGAAGGAGGGUUCGCUGGCUAAGGAGCUGGAAGACGUCAACCGAUGGGGUGUGGACAUUUUCAAGAUAGCGGAAUAUUCCGGAAACCGGCCGCUAACGGUGGCGAUGUACGCCGUUUUCCAGGAGAGGGAGCUGCUCAAAUGCUUCAAAAUCCCCGCCGACACCUUCAUCACCUUCACCAUGACGUUGGAGGAUCAUUACCACGGCGACGUGGCCUACCACAACAGCAUCCACGCAGCGGACGUGAUACAGUCCACCCACGUCCUGCUGUCCACCCCAGCACUAGAGGCAGUCUUCACUGACCUGGAGAUCCUGGCGGCUCUGUUCGCCAGCGCCAUCCACGACGUGGACCACCCCGGCGUCUCCAACCAGUUCCUCAUCAACACCAACUCAGAGCUUGCUCUCAUGUACAAUGACUCCUCCGUCCUGGAGAAUCACCACCUGGCUGUGGGGUUCAAGCUCCUGCAGGAGGAGAACUGUGACAUCUUCCGGAACCUCAGCAAGAAACAGUGGCAGUCCCUGCGCAAGAUGGUGAUCGACAUGGUCUUGGCCACAGACAUGUCCAAACAUAUGAACCUGCUGGCUGACCUGAAGACCAUGGUGGAGACCAAAAAAGUGACCAGUCUAGGGGUACUACUGCUGGACAACUACUCCGACCGCAUACAGGUCCUGCAGAACAUGGUGCACUGCGCGGACCUGAGCAACCCCACCAAGCCGCUGCAGCUGUACCGCCAGUGGACCGACCGCAUCAUGGAGGAGUUCUUCAGCCAGGGCGACCGCGAGCGCGACCGCGGCAUGGAGAUCAGCCCCAUGUGCGACAGGCACAACGCCUCUGUGGAGAAGAGCCAGGUGGGGUUCAUAGACUACAUUGUGCACCCCCUAUGGGAGACAUGGGCGGACCUGGUGCACCCCGACGCCCAGGACAUCCUGGACACUCUGGAGGACAACCGGGAGUGGUACCAGAGCAUGAUCCCCCACAGCCCGGUCAGCAUGUCCGAGGGGCAGGACCACGAGGGCGUGCCGGGGGGCGGGGCCAGCAUGGGCGUUGGCCUGGCUCCUGGGGAAAAGUUCCAGUUCCAGCUGACCCUGGAGGAGGAGGAGGGGGAGGAGGUGGAGUCAGAGUGCCAGAUCCCACCCCAGGGUGAGGGGGAGGGGCAUGACACCAGGUGGGCGGAGUCAUCCAGGCUCUGCCAGCCAUUGGGCCGCUCCCAUCAUGCCCUGGUUUUUGGGCCCGCCCACAGGACGUUGGUUCUGACCUCAAAGGUGGACGAUAUGCCCGACUCUGAGGAUGAGGAGGGAGAAGCAGAUGAGGAAGAGGAGGUAGACACUACACGUCAUCAGCAGAACACGUAGCAGCAGCCCCAGGCCAGCUGUGUGUGUGUGCGUGUGUGUGUAUGUGUGUGUGUCCACCAGUACUCUCCCAUUCAUGUGUCCUCACCAUGUAGCAAAAACCUCUGUGUGUAUGUGUGUGUGAGUGUGUCUGUGCAUGUGUGUGUGCGUGUGUGUGCGUGUGUGCGUGCGUGUGUGAGUUUGUGUGUGCGUGUGUGUGUGUGUGUGUGUGUUGUGAGUUUGUGUGUGUGUGUGUGUGUGUGUGUGUCUGUGCAUGUGUGUGUGUUUGUGUGUGUGUGUGUGAGUUCACCCCAAGGCCCAGAAGCUAGUAGUCACUUUCUUACCCAUGCUUUUAUGUGGUUAGACAUGGACUGGUUUUCAACCACUUUAUAACCGUUUUUACAACCACUGUACAGCAUGCUUUUCAACCAUUUUUACAACCGCUCCACAACUGCUUUCCAGUCACUGUCACCAAGGAGAGGAAGGGGUCUACAGGGGGAGGGAGUUCCUCUGAACCAUGUCUUCCUGUGAACGAUUGCUCCAAGCAAGAAGAAAGAACACGUUUCGCUAUAAUGAUAAUCAUUAUAAUAAUGAUCAUGGGUUUCUGCCACAUUUACUAUAAAGAUAUGCUCAUUUGGAUGAAUGUAAACCAACAUGAGUGAAUAUUUUCAUUAUUAUUUUUUCUUAUUCACUGAAGUUUGUCAAAAAUCUUAUAGAAAAUGACCUGUGAACUGAACGCCUCUGUCGUACCAAAUAUGUACCCAUGCUAAGGACAGAAACAAAACAAAAAAUGACAAUAACCUCAGGGUGUUAAGAACGUUUUGUUUCAAUGUAGCAGGAUUGGAUUAUUGGGUACCCCUCUCAUUACUACUGAAUAAGGAUUGCAGCCCAGGUGUUGUGUGUACGUGUGCAUUUGGCGCCCCCAAGUGGAACUACACAGUUGAACUCCAUUCAACAAAAUGUUAACGUUUCCAAGGAGGUGAGAGAAUUUCUGCAUUAGAAACGGGUUCAAACAGUGAUCUCUGAAGCUGAAAAAUUAUAACAUUCACAAUUUAUCCCCCAAAAUUUUAAUUUUGGUUACUGUUGGAUUAUCGGGGUACCCAGUUCAGAUAAAAAAGAACACUUAUAAACUCCAUUGCACAAUUUUAUUUUAUUUUUUACAUGUGAUCCUGUCUUGCAUUUUAUGGUCAUGGUUUUAGUGGUUUAUAGUUGAUUUAGUCGAUAAGAAUGUUUUUGUAUUAUUAGAUUUUAUUGUAAGGGUGUUUUAUUUGUAUACUGUGUCAUUUCUGUCAGCCUGUGACUAAACAGGGGAGCUGCCCCUUUAAGCACUUUAUGCCUUUAAAUAGCCCCACCCCUAGCCUGCUUACAAGGGCUGUAUUGUGUCAGUUGAGCUGGCCAUUGGACUACAUUUCCCAGAGGCUAUAGUGCUGGGGUCACAUGGGAGGAAUUGCACUAAGUCUCACCGGGAGGAAGAGGGGUGGGGUUCAGAAGAAAGAAAAAAAACAAAAAAACUAUUGAACCUCCGGGAGAUGCUCCGCCCCUCCCCUCCGUACCGCUACCUGUAGCUCCGCCCCCCUCAGAGCCUUCCGCAAAGUUCCGCUGCUCCAACACCUUCUGCAAGAAAAGCACAUGGACUUAAAAAACAAAAAACAGGAAAGUAACAGAAAACAAACAAGAACUGUAGCAUUUAUGCACAUUAUGGUUUUCAGUUACUUGGAAGAAAAAAACAGUCGUUUUUUUAUUUAUUUGUAGAGUCGGCUGUAAUAUUGGGAGAGAGUGUUUUUACGCGUGUGCGUGUGUGAUUCCUCAGUCUUGUGUGUCUCCUUUGGGUGUGCAUGAGUCCGUUCCUACUGCCCCCCCACCCCUUCAGCCUCUCCCCCCAGUUGAAUCCUACUGCCCAGCCCCCCCCCCCCCUCCCACCCCCCUCGCCCCAGAAGCCCAUCCCUCUACCCCAUUAGUCCCUGUCCUUGUUCUCAGGGACACGGCCAAUGAUAAGCAGGCAUGACGUGACAUCACAGGGGCUGACCGCCUACAGUCUGAUGACGUAUGGCCAGAUGAAAACCAUCCUGCCGCUGGUCGUACCCUGGGCCACCGUACGUGGUUCUGGAGAACAACAUUGGCUGAGGCCUGUGUCUUUAUUUUGCUUUAUACAGUCAGACACAUGGAACAGAGAGCCGGGGGGGGGGGCAGGGCCAGUGGGCGGAGCCUGGACUAAACCGUGCACAUGUAGGUUCCCCCAUCACGUCACUGAUGAAAGGCUAAUUUUAUCAGUGGUGUGAGUUGGAGUACACUCUAUGAUACAGGUGUGUAACAUACUAACUGCUGUGAAACAGGUGUGUAGCAUACAAACUGCUGUGAUACACGAUUGUAACAUCCUAACUGCUGAUACACGCAUGUAACAUGCAAACUGCUGUGAUACAUGUGUGUAACAUGCAAACUGCUGUGAUACACGCGUGUAACAUGCAAACUGCUGUGAUACACGCGUGUAACA